AUGCUCGACAGCCAGCUCAAUAUGGUGAGUAAGACCCAUGGGCGACUUGCCCGUGAGAAUCUGCAGAAAGAUAACGCCAAGGUCGAUGUAGCAGAAUGUGCCAGCUGUCGACGUCAUGCGGUACUGGGUGACAGUGUCGGCCACGGAGGGGGGAACGAGUCUGGCGAGGCAGACGUCACUGAUCUUGCUGACGUAGUUUCGGUCGAGGAGGAUGUCUCGGUGGACGAGGGGCUCCGGCUUGGCAUGGUGGAGGAAGAGGAGGCCAGUGCCGAUUUCGGCCGCGAUUCGAAAACGGUGCUGCCAGGAAAGAGGAGGGGUGUAGGCGCGCAUGAAGAGACGGUCCUCGAGGCUGCCGUUGGACAUGUAUUCGUAGACGGGGCAGCCGUACUCGGGGCAGGCUCCCAGGAGGAGGACCAUAAGUACCUCUUGCUGAAAUUGAGAUCUCCCCUGAGUUGCGUCAGGUCGCAGGACCUUGACCGCUACAGGCGUAUGGUCCAGGUAGCACUUGUAGACAGGGCCAUAGCCUCCCUCACCGAUCUUUCUCGACCGCGCAAAGUAUUCGGUAGCCACUUCAAUCUCCUCGAUUGUGUACCUUCUAUACCGAGCAUCCUAUUAUUCUCUUCUGCUUCUUUUAGGGCUUUCAUUUCUGCAUUGAUCCUCUUCUGGGCUUCCAGCUCGGCUAGCCUCUGGGCGGCCUCAGCAUGCUCGAGGGCCGCUUUCGACUUGGCUUUUUCUUUCUCUGCUAGGGCAAUCCUCAACGCAGACGAGCUUACCAUUGUAUGUGCCGAGAAUGCCCUCUCAUUCUCUGGAGAGGCAGGGAGUUCAAGAGGGAUUGAGAUGUCCAUGGAUUUGCGGCCCUGGUGCCACAUGUCGGAAUAG